GCCCUGGCCGGCCACGCGCCUUGGUGAGGAGGCGCAGGAGGGGUGGCCGGCCGGAGUGGCCACGCACAGGCCCGGGGACUGACAGACAGCUGGACAGGUGGACGCGCCCGCAGGGCAGGAAGCCAUACUGCCCUACCGGACUCCAGGGGUCAUGGCCGAGCUCAAGUCGCUGUCGGGGGACUCGUACCUGGCGCUGAGCCACAGCUACUCGGCGACCGGCCACGCCUACGCUGCAGCGCGCGGACCGGAGACGACACGCGGCUUCGGUGCAUCGGGUCCGGGUGGGGACCUUCCCGCGGCUCCUGCUUCCCGUGUCCCCGCCGCGACAGUCGAGAGCAGCGGCGAACAGAGCGGCGACGAGGACGAAGCCUUCGAAAGGCGGCGGCGGCGGCGAGGGUCCGGGGUUGCCGUUGACGCACGGCGGCGGCCCCGGGAGCAGCGCUCGCUGAGGCUCAGCAUCAACGCGCGCGAGCGGCGACGCAUGCACGACUUGAACGACGCGCUGGACGGGCUGCGCGCUGUCAUCCCCUACGCGCACAGCCCGUCGGUGCGCAAGCUCUCCAAGAUAGCCACACUUCUGCUGGCCAAAAACUACAUCCUCAUGCAGGCGCAGGCCCUGGAGGAGAUGCGGCGCUUGGUGGCAUACCUCAACCAAGGCCAGGGCCUCGCGGCGCCGGUGGCCGCCGCGCCUCUGACGCCUUUUGGCCAGGCAGCGAUUUACCCGUUCUCAGCGGGCGCCGCGCUCGGGCCCUGCCCAGACAAGUGUGCCACCUUCUCAGGAUCGCCCUCGGUGCUUUGCAAACACUGCGGCGAGAAGCCCUGAGGGCCCCGAUCUCCUCUACAGCCGCCUUUCUAUUUAGACUGUCCCCUGUCCUCGCUGGCGAGACCCUAUGAGAAAGCCCAGGACUCCGCUUACAGAACUGUUGGGUGCAGAAAAAGUCCGUCCUGGCAGAGCCAGAGACUUGGCGCUGUACUCUAGACCCUGCCGCAUCCACUGAGCUAUCUCAGCUAAAAGAAAGCUACGGGAGGGAACAGUUAGUGGCUGGUCCCACAUCUGACAGGUGACUCUGCCCAAGGCUCAGGAGCGCAGGCACAGAGCAUCGCGCUUGACCACAUCCUAGCAUUGGAUGCGGGACUCUGCCCCAGUCCCUUCUAAGCCAACUUGCAGGGCCUUGCUCCACAGACCUGUUCCUCAGGACGGGUGUGGCCCCUCACCUCCAGCCUCUGUGUGCUCCAAGACUCCAGACCGUGGUUCUUUGGAGAGGACUUGGAGGCAGACUCAGGAAAAACCCAGGAGGUGAGCUUUACAACAUUUUCCAAGUCUGAGCUUGUUCUAUUAACAUUCUUGCCUGCCCAGAGGCUCAGGAAAUUCAAGCCGGCCUCAAGUCUGUAGAAACCUCUCUAAAUAAACCUGGAGCGCCACCGCCGGCCUCCUGUGGGCUGAGCUGGGCGUCACUUCGUUCUUCUAGUCCCAAGGGGACUGGUGGAGCCCUCACAACCUGCUCAGGGCUACUUGACUCUGCAGGGCCGAGGAGUCUAGUCUAGCUCCAGGACCAACCAAGCCUCCUCUGCGCCAGUUCGGGAACUUCUGGAGGAAGCCGGGCUACCGGUGAGUACCCGGUGAGGCGCUGGACUGAAUGGGAAGUAGUUGCUUCCAAAAUCGGACCACAGCCCAGAAUCCUGCCUCUGUACCUAGUCCGAGCCUUAGCCCGCGCGCCCCAGAUGUUGCCUGGUUUUCCUCUGUGGCCAUCAGCAGCUUCCACCUCCAUUUGCCCAGUUUUCUUGGCUUUCAUUGAUGCAAAACAAAUCGGGAGAAGGCCACUGCUCAGCAAAGCGCCUGUCUACAGCGCUUAACUUGAAUUAAUGCAUUGGAAAAGGCCCUUUUGUAUUUGCAAAAUGACGUGUGUGGUUAACUCUUAUUCAUAAAGACGUAUGCUUAAUACCGGUUUCUGCUAAUUUCUAUUUUUUUUUUUAUUUCUUAAAUGUCUUUCCCCUCCCUUAAAACAAUCUAUUUUGCACAUUUCAAAACAGACUGUUUGUUUUUCAGGUUCACUUAAGAUGAACAGGGAAAACUGGAAACUCAAGUGUUGUUAGCUCUAGGGUCAUUACCCACAAUUAUUUUUUAAAGUCUUUUAUUUAUAUUUAGAACAGGGAUAGUGUGCAGAAUAAAGUACUUAAAACUUAUUUUAUAAAAAAAGAAUAUGAUUAAAAUUUAAUAUCAAAUUAAGUGUACAUCUAUGACUUGAUUCAUAAUUUCAAUCUUCGGACAGUGAUACUGGUUUGGAAUCCUUCUUCUAGGGCCCCAGGAAAUGUCUAAGAUUUUAAAAUGGAUCCAUACGCCAUUAAGAGAUACAUGAGUUCAUACAAAAAUGUGUAGGAGUGUUGGGUGGAGACACACCGGUUAGGAGAUGGAGACAAGAGGAUGGGGAUUCUGAGAGCAGCAGGGGGCGGGGAGGGGCCCUCUCAGGAAAAGAAAAGGAUUAA